AUGCGCACCAUUCGAUACACAGCCAUGCGCACCAUUCAGUACACAGCCAUGCGCACCAUUCAGUACACAGCCAUGCGCACCAUUCAAUACACAGCCAUGUGCACCAUUCAAUACACAGCCGUGUGCACCAUUCAAUACACAGCCAUGCGCACCAUUCACAUGUGCACCAUUCAGUACACAGCCAUGUGCACCAUUCAGUACACAGCCAUGUGCACCAUUCAGUACACAGCCAUGCGCACCAUUCAAUACACAGCCAUGCGCACCAUUCGAUACACAGCCAUGCGCACCAUUCAGUACACAGCCAUGCGCACCAUUCGAUACACAGCCAUGCGCACCAUUCACAUGUGCACCAUUCAGUACACAGCCAUGCGCACCAUUCAGUACACAGCCAUGUGCACCAUUCAGUACACAGCCAUGUGCACCAUUCAAUACACAGCCAUGCGCACCAUUCGAUACACAGCCAUGCGCACCAUUCAGUACACAGCCAUGCGCACCAUUCGAUACACAGCCAUGCGCACCAUUCAGUACACAGCCAUGUGCACCAUUCAAUACACAGCCGUGUGCACCAUUCAAUACACAGCCAUGCGCACCAUUCAGUACACAGCAUUACACAGCAUGUGCACCAUUCAGUACACAGCCAUGCGCACCAUUCAAUACACAGCCAUGCGCACCAUUCGAUACACAGCCAUGCGCACCAUUCAGUACACAGCCAUGCGCACCAUUCGAUACACAGCCAUGCGCACCAUUCAGUACACAGCCAUGCGCACCAUUCGAUACACAGCCAUGCGCACCAUUCAGUACACAGCCAUGUGCACCAUUCGAUACACAGCCAUGCGCACCAUUCAAUACACAGCCAUGAGCACCAUUCAGUACACAGCCAUGUGCACCAUUCAGUACACAGCCAUGCGCACCAUUCAGUACACAGCCAUGAGCACCAUUCGAUACACAGCCAUGAGCACCAUUCAGUACACAGCCAUGCGCACCAUUCAGUACACAGCCAUGCACACCAUUCGAUACACAGCAUGCUACACAGCCAUGAGCACCAUUCGAUACACAGCCAUGAGCACCAUUCAGUACACAGCCAUGAGCACCAUUCAGUACACAGCCAUGCGCACCAUUCAGUACACAGCCAUGCACACCAUUCGAUACACAGCAUGCAGGCUGUCCAUUCAGGACAGCAGCCCCUACGAGCAGGAGCUCAGCACAGACUGA